GCUAGCGUCUCGGUGCCGAUCACGGUACGAGCUCCCGCGCUCGCCGUCGCCGUCCGACAGCCUGUGCCGCCUUGGCUCUACCCGCGCUCUCGCUCCUUCAAAUUCUCCUCCCAAACCACUCCACUCUCCCCAACUCGCUCGCUCACGCUCAACGAGUGACACACAGCCCGAAGCGUGGCGUCUUAUCUCUCCCACCUUCAUGGAUCGCUACAGAGUGGCGCCGUCCCGGCCAGUCUUCCUCUCCGGCGCCACCCACCGCCUGCAGCCCGCGGCCGGGCGGCGAUCGGCCGGCCCCGACACGGAGCUCGACAUCUUCACGGCCGAGCGCUACUUCAACGCGGCCGACGCCAUCAAGUACAGCGCCGCCGCGGUCCAUGCCGCGGACGCGCCGACGAGCCAGACCGCGGCGUCGUCGGAGGCGAGCUGGAACAGCCGCUCCGGCCUGCUCGCCAGCAACCGUUCAUCGUCGACGGCGGCCGCGGCUAGGCAGCACGACAAGGUAGGCCACGGUGGCGGCAAUGCCAUCGACCUCGGCCUCGGCCUCGUCGUGGAGGUCGCCAGGGACGAUCGGUACCACCGUGGUGGCAUUGGCAAGAAGACCGGGCAGCGGUGGGGGCUCUUCAGCCGGGACUGCCCCUGCGCCGGACGGAAGGCCGUCACCGUCGACGUCGCCUCCGAGCCUCCCAGCCCGACCACUCCAAGAAUCCACCACCCGAGGAUCGACGCCCUGGAGGAGCGCGCGGUCUUCAAGGCCAACGGGCUGCCUCCCCCAUCCCCGAAUGACGAGCCGGGCGUGAUGAAGAUCGUGAGCACCGCGGGGAGCCGCGCGUUCCCGCUUCGCGCCAGCAUCGACGGCGUCAUCCCGCCGGCGCCGAACCAGGGCAGCGCCUCGUCGUUCCCCGCCUUCCCGCCGGACGUCGGCCGCCGCGUGGUGAGCUCCGGCAGCGGGUUCACGUUCCCGGUGAUCGCCCCGGCCGUCGUCGACGAUCCGCCCCGGGAGUCGCUGGAGGUGUUCCGCCCCAUCGACGAGGACUCCGUGGUGCUCGUGGACCCGCCGCCACCCUCCCUAGGCGUGGCCGGCUUUCUCCGCGCGCCGGCGGCCGUGGCCGCGGCGACGGAUCAUGACGACGUCGACGACGCGAUGAGCGACGCCAGCUCCGACCUGUUCGACCUGGAGAGCUUCGCGGCGUCGUCGUCGUACCCGACCACGUACCGCGGGCGCAGCAGCCGGCGCAACUCGGGCGACGAAGACCACCUGGGGCUGGGGUACGCCGCCGCGGCCGCGGAGCCGGCGCUGAGCGAGUGCAUGUACGCGCCGAGCGAGGCCAGCGUGGUGUGGAGCGUGGCAACAGCCGAGGGCGUCGCCUACGACGCGGGCAGCGUCGCCAACUUCUCCAGCGCGGCCUCCGCGUGCUGCGUCGACGACUUCCGCUUCGUCCCGCCGACGGAGUCUGCCGCCGGGCACAACGGGUUCACCGCCGCUAUGUCCCGGAGCGCCGGCCGCAAGAAAGGUGGAGGGUUCUUGAACAGCUGCCGGUGCGAGAAGGCCGUCAGCGUCGGGCCGACCCCGGUCCGGGUGGCCCGGCCGCCGGCGGUCCCCGCCAAGACGGCCGGCCGCGCCAUGGGGCUCGAGAGCGGCGGCGCUGCGCGGUACCACAACCGCCGCGUCCAUAUGCCGGUCCGGACGUAA